CUGAGGAGAGGUUAGGGUCUCCAGUUUGCGGUUUCCAAUUAAGCAAGACUAAGUCUAGUGCAAUCAUGCCUUUCGGUAACUCUCACAACACCUUGAAGCUGAAGAACUCUGUGGAUGAGGAGUUCCCAGACUUGUCUGCCCACAACAAUCAUAUGGCCAAGGUGCUGACAAAGGAUCUCUACGCGAAACUGAGGGAUAAACAGACACCUAGUGGAUUUACCGUGGAUGAUGUCAUUCAAACUGGGGUUGACAACCCAGGCCAUCCCUUUAUUAUGACAGUGGGAUGUGUCGCUGGGGAUGAAGAAUCUUAUGAAGUCUUUAAGGAGCUCUUUGACCCUAUCAUUGAGGACAGACAUGGUGGCUACAAGCCAACAGAUCAGCACAAGACUGACAUAAAUUCAGAAAACCUAAAGGGAGGUGAUGAUCUGGACCCAAACUAUGUACUCAGCUCUCGGGUCAGAACUGGAAGGAGUAUUCGUGGAUUCAGCCUCCCACCUCACUGCAGCCGUGGAGAAAGGCGUGCAAUUGAAAAGAUGUCAAUUGAAGCACUUGCUAGCUUGGAUGGGGACCUAAAAGGAAAAUACUACGCUCUUAAUACCAUGACUGAUCAGGAGCAGCAGCAGCUUAUCGAUGACCACUUCCUGUUUGAUAAGCCAGUUUCUCCACUCCUCUUGGCCUCUGGAAUGGCCCGUGACUGGCCUGAUGCCAGAGGAAUCUGGCACAACGACAACAAGACCUUCCUUGUCUGGAUCAAUGAGGAAGACCAUCUUCGUGUGAUCUCAAUGCAAAAGGGUGGCAACAUGAAGGAUGUGUUCCAGAGGUUUUGCACUGGCCUUACAAAGAUUGAAGCUAUCUUCAAGAACAAAGGAUCUGCAUUCAUGUGGAACCAGCAUCUUGGUUAUGUUCUUACCUGCCCAUCCAACCUCGGUACUGGUCUGAGGGCUGGUGUUCACAUUAAGUUGCCAAACUUAAGCAAGAAUGAGAAGUUUGGUGAAAUCCUGAAGAGACUUAGACUACAGAAGAGAGGAACAGGUGGUGUAGACACUGCAGCCGUUGGUGGGGUGUUUGAUAUCUCCAAUGCUGAUCGUCUGGGUUUCUCUGAGGUUGAACUGGUCCAAAUGGUGGUUGAUGGUGUAAAACUCCUUGUUGAAAUGGAAAAAUGCCUGGAAAAAGGAGAGUCCAUCGAUGACCUCAUUCCAGCACAGAAAUAACUGCACUUUAUUGGCCAUGCUUUCUAAUUUAUUGGAUGAAAUAGCUACACUCCAAGACCCUGGGGACCCAACCUGCUUAGUAACACUGUAGAAAUGUCUUCCAUCUGUUUCUUAGAAUUAUCUUUCUUUUGAUGGCUGCAAUGUUACUAAAGAUAGAAAAUAAACAAUGGUCUUGCGUUGACCUGUCAAAGGUGUCUGGCUUUCCAUCUUAAAUGGGGAUAUGGCUGAAACUGUAAUGUGUAAAUUCUCUUCUGCAUUAUAAAAUUGGGUCAGCAAAUAGAUGGCCUUUUAAACAAACAUCCAAACGCCAAAAUAAAGAAAAUGGUGUACAUUU